AUGGAGCCCAAAAUCCUAGCGGGCCGACGUUUUUCCAUAUUACAAGCUUCAAAUUUCAAGCGCAGUCUAGAUACUGCGGUGAACAUCGAUUCAAGAAAAAUAUCACUGAACAUGGGCAAACGCGGGAAUAAAAAAAGUGGUGGUGGCGCGGGCAAUCGCGGUCGUCGACCAGAUUUCUCCACGAUAUUGGUUAGAGAGAAUGAAAAAUAUGAAAAUUAUUACAACGGCCUCCAUAUCGUUCCUGAUAAUGAAAAGGAUGAAUUUUGGGCUGCUCUUAGACGGGACCUGCCUAACAGCUUCCGUUUCACUGGAUCCAAAAGCCAUGCCCUUGCUGUGCAAGAACGUCUGAAAGACUUCUAUAUUCCUAAGAUCACCUCAAUCACCCAUGAGGGCAACCCAGUCGAUCCUCCCCAACCCGUGCCCUGGUAUCCCUACCAAUUAGCAUGGUCAAUGACAACUCCAAAAAGUGUGAUCCGCCGUUUUGCGCCAUUUGCUUCAUUCCAAAAAUUCCUCGUCGCAGAAACAGAAGUUGGAAAUAUCAGUCGCCAAGAAGUAGUGAGCAUGAUUCCGCCGCUGCUGCUGGAUGUACGUCCCAACAUGACCGUAUUGGAUAUGUGUGCUGCACCAGGGAGCAAAUCAGCACAGCUGAUGGAAAUGGUUCAUGCAGGAGAAGAGGAAAGAAUGGCAGAGAUUGCAGCGAAACUGGAGUAUGGCGCUGAGACUCAAAGAAAAGAGGGAGCCCCAGACGUUCCUAGGCUGCUUAAUGGAAAAAUAGAAUUGGACGGCUUGGACGACGAUGGGAGAUCGGUGGGUUUGCUCAUAGCUAACGAUAACGAUUACAAACGCGCCCAUUUACUAAUCCAUCAAAUGAAACGCCUUAACUCCCCGAAUCUGAUCGUUACGAAUCAUGACGCUACAAUGUAUCCUUCUAUUAAAUUGCCAUCUUUGCCUCCACCAGAAGGCAAACCUGUGAGGAAUAGGUACCUGAAAUUUGAUCGGAUUUUGGCCGAUGUCCCCUGCUCAGGUGAUGGGACCUCACGCAAGAAUGUCAAUGUAUGGAAAGACUGGAACCCAUCCAAUGCACUUGGUUUACAUACGACGCAGUGUCGAAUACUUACUCGGGCAUUACAAAUGCUGAAAGUUGGAGGGCGAGUAGUGUACUCGACAUGCAGCAUGAAUCCCGUUGAAAAUGAAGCGGUAAUUGCGAGUGUUAUUGACCGAUGCGGUGGUCCAAGCAAGGUCCACAUCAUGGAUUGCAGCAAUGAAUUGCCCACUCUGAAAAGGUUCCCAGGUCUGAAGAGUUGGAGUGUCAUGGACAAGCAAGGAAGAAUAUGGGCCAACUGGAAAGAUGUAGAAGAUGCCGUCUCCCAAGGCGAUGAGACGCUUAGUAGGAUGGUGGAAGGCAUGUUCUCUCCCUCCGAGGAGGAAGGUAUCGAUUUAUCUCGUUGCAUGCGUAUUUACCCUCAUCAACAAGAUACUGGUGCAUUCUUCAUCACCGUGCUAGAAAAGAGGAGUGACAUUAAGGCAAGGCCUGAGGGGACCAAAAAGUCCACAGCAGUUUCUUCAGCGACGACAGAAACAAGAGCCGAUCAAAAUGGAACCAAGGAGCCAGUUGAUGCAGUAACCACGUUGGAUGAAGCACCCCUCGCUGUAUCAGAAGUUCCUUCAGCUCCUGCAACGCAGAGCGUACCGAAAAGAACCAUUGAUCUAUCAGGCGAAGAUCCUGCAAACAAACGGCAAAAAGUAGUCGGUACCCAUUUUACCCCACCGACCGUCCCUUCUCCUGAGAAAACCACCGAAGAAACAAUCAAUCACAAUGGGCAGGAUGCCACAGUAAAAUUGGAGGACGGCACACAAGCUGCUCCUGCGCAGGAGAAAUCCACGAUAUCUACAGCACCGUCUCUCCCUGGCAAGCGAAAAGCUGGCCAGCCAAUGGAGGAGCCAUUCAAAUAUCUAGAUCCUCAGAGCGCAGAGUUUGAUCAGAUAUUCAACUUUUAUGAUAUAUCACCGCAAUUCCCGAGAGACCGCUUCAUGGUUCGGAAUUCUCAAGGUCGCGCAGCAAAAACAAUAUAUUAUACCAGCACUCUGUCUCGUGAUAUCCUUACCGCUAACGAAGGAGCUGGAAUCAAGUUCGUGCAUUCCGGUGUUAAAAUGUUUGUCAAACAAGAUGUGCAAAGAGAAGACGUUUGCCCAUGGCGCAUUCAGACCGAUGGACUUGCUAUUCUGGAAUCCUGGGUUGGGCCCCGCCGUGUGGUUAAGAUAUAUCAAAAGGAGACUUUGCGGAAGUUAUUAAUUGAGAUGUUCCCCAAGGUAAACGAUGGUGGUUGGAAACAGCUAGGAGAGAUUGGUGAAUGGGCAAGGGAUAUUGAUAUGGGAUGCUGUGUUUUACGAGUCGAGCCUACAAACAAUGAAGAUGGCUUCCGGGAGCGAAGGGUUCUUCCGCUCUGGAGAAGCAUGUACUCAUUAAACCUCAUGCUGCCUAAGGAAGAACGACGAGCCAUGCUACUCCGGCUGUAUGGCGAUGACACUCCGCUGGUGAACACCACACAAAAACGACGGGCAGCUGUCACAUCAACCACCGAGCAACCAUCCGAGGUGAUAGACGUGGCUGCAAAUGGCCAAAAUGGGCACGCCCCUGAUGUGGCCACUGCAGCAGAUACUGCGGAAGCUCCGGUAGAAACGGAUGGGGAAAAUGCUGAGGAUGUGGAUAUGACAGCGUAG